AGUAGGUUAGGUCUGACAACAUCCUCUGCAGACUUCAAACACAUCACAUGACCACAGACCUCGAAAGUCAAGCCAGCACUCACUUCCUGCCAGGAAACGUUUCUAUGUGUGUCGACCCUCUGGUCAGGUUUAACCUUACUAAUUCACCUGUGUGUAAGUUCUACAGGCUCCUACUCACUACUCGUGUUCUUACAGUUUUCUAGUUGGAACUAAUACGAUAAGAAGACCCAACAGCUGUAGAUACUCACCACCGGUGGGAUGGAGGAUUUUUCUAGAUAUUUGGGCAUCAACGGGACCUUGACUCUGAUAUGUUGCAUCUUCUGUAUUUUCUUGCCAGGAGUGAAAACAGAAUGGAAAACUGUCUCGAAGGUGGUCGGCAGCAGAGUAACCCUGCAAUGUAACAACACGUCAAUCAGCACGCUCAGUCAGGUGACGUGGAAGAUGAACAGAGUUAACGUGUUUACUUACAUGUUUCGGGGACAAUUACACACCAGUACAGAAGCUACCAAUCUGUACCUGAAUAUGUCCAAAUUUGAGAGCCAGCUCUAUGAGCUCAUCAUAGAGAGCGCCCAGACAAAUCACACGGGAAACUACACUUGUGAGACCACCACGGACACGGGAGUCUGGGAACAGAACUGGAGGCUUAUAAUUAAAGAAAGCACCGAGAACUCGGACAUGCUGACGUCAGCUCUUCCUUUUGCUGUGGUUCUCCUGGUUUUUGUAAUUGGUUUCGUCAUUCUGAUAAUAUUCUGCAAACGGAAUAGAGCAAAUAGCAGUCGGCCCCCCACUGCAGUAAAGAGCCAGAAAACAGAAGAUGUUUAUGAAAACUGCCUGGAACUCGAACGAAGGCGGCAUCUCCCUCACCCACCUUUAAGUAUGUAAAAGAAAACCUGUGUUUUUUUCAAUGCUAUCAAGGGGUAUAAAUUGCCAUUUCAAAUAAUGUACUGUAUGUAAUCUGGUGCAUAACCCUUUAAAGCCGUUACGGUAAAUGGAAUCAGUUUGUGAGGUGCAAACUGUUAAGAAAAUGUCCGGCUCUUCAGCUCCUAAUUUUCUCACUGUGCUAGCAGUUGCUAAUUUUGUCUUUCGUUUGAAUUUAAAUGCCAUGAAAUCAUACAACAUGUCAUCAGGGUGAGAUCAAAGCCUAAAAAUAUUAUAGUGAGAAACCCAAUGAUUCCUUUUAAGCAAGCACUUUGGUGACGGUGUGGAGAAAGAAAAAAAAAAAUCCCUUUAACGAGAACAGUGUGAGACAAGCCGCAGUGACUGUGGGUGGGCUUCCGUCUUGACUUACCUAAUGCUACGCAGGUACUUUUAAGUCGGAUAAUGAGGGGGGCACUAGUAGCAAAAACAUUCAGACUACACAGUUAUUUAACCCAUUCCUAACUGGAAAUGUAUGAAAGUACUGUGCUUUGAAUAAUCUCUGAUUUUUUCAAAGGGAAAACUCAAUUGUCUGGAUUGAAAUAUGUAAAAUGAUGUCUCCUCCUUCACUGAAAAAUGCAGAACCUACAAAACUGUAAAUAUGUUGCAUUUUAAAGUGUUAGAUACACAUCUAAACGUCUAUACUUUUUGUUUGUGUAAUGCAUGCUUCACAUAUGAAUAAAUUACCUAUUAAACUA